UGCCUACAGCCCCGCCUCCAUCCACCGCCUCGCGACCUGCCUCUUCCUCCUCUCCAACCGGUGCUCCGGGUAGUGCCGCCGCCCUCCGCAUCCGCCAGCAGCAUCGGGGCGGCCGUCGCGGCCCUCCCCUCAGCUCCCGCCCAGCUCAAAGCCUCCCUCCCCGCCAUCGCGAGAGAGGAGGCGAACGUGGAGCGAUACCGGCGGGUGUUCGAAGAGCUGGACCUCGACUCCAGCGGGUCCCUCGACGAGCACGAGAUACAGGCCGGCCUGCAGAGAAUGGGGCUGCCGUCGUCGGACAAGCAGGUGCACGAGAUGAUGGUCAUGGUCGACGCAGACAAGGACGGCUCCAUCUCCUACGGCGAGUUCGCCUCCUUUGCCCAGGAGAGAGAAAAGGAUCUGAGGGAGCUGUUCGACGAGAUCGACCUCAACGGCAACGGUCUGAUCGAAGCCAACGAGAUCCGCAUCGCCCUCGAGAAGAUCGGCAUGAGCACAGAGGUGUCGGACGGUGAUAUCAUCCAGCUGAUCGAUCGGAUGGGCGUGGAUCACACGAAAGGAAUCGACUUCCAAGUCUUCAAGCGCAUCCUCAUGCUCUUCCCUUCUCGGAACAUAUCCAUCAGCAAUGUAUUCGACUACUGGUUCAGGCACAUCAUCGACACAGGGGAUGAAGUCAUCAUACCGGACAUAAUCGACCACCCGAUGAAACGCCUCAUCGCCGGAGGCAUCGCUGGUGCGGUAUCCCGAACAACCACGGCCCCCUUUGAUCGCCUCAAAAUGUUGCUGCAAGCCCAGAACUCUUCAGCCAUGCUCGCCGGCGUUGCGACGAAGCAGCUGGCCGGCGGCAAACCAGCAGCGGCCCGUCCGGGUGUGAUCCGCCCCGCGCCGGAUGCGGCCGCGAGGGCUGCUGCGCCCGAGUACCGUGGAAUCUGGAACAGCCUCAAGAAGAUAUACUUCGAAUCGGGCUGGAAAGGCUUCUAUCGGGGCAAUGGGACGAACAUCAUCAAGAUAGCGCCCGAGUCGGCGGUCAAGUUCUGGGCCUACGAGUCCAUCAAGCGGAUGCUGUGCCGCGACUCGUCGGCGCCCGCCAUCAAGGAGAAGCUCAUCGCGGGCAGCGCCGCCGGUGCCAUCUCGCAGACCGCGAUCUACCCCCUGGAGAUCACCAAGACCCGCCUUGCCGUCUCCGCGCCAGGCGAAUACCGUGGCAUCAUGCACUGCAUCUCUUCGAUCGUCAGAACCGACGGUGUCUCGGCCCUGUUCAGGGGUCUGUUGCCGUCGGUGGUGGGGGUGAUACCGUACGCGGGAGUGGACUUUGCGGUGUAUUCCACCCUGAGGGACGUCUACACGCGGCGCUACCCGAACACGCACCCGGGCGUGCUCACGGUCUUCGUGUGCGGGGCGAUCUCGAGCACGUGCGGCCAGGUGGUCGCCUACCCCCUGCAGCUCGUGCGCACUCGCCUUCAAACGCAGGGGAUGGCCGGGAGACCCAUGUUGUACAACGGAAUGAGCGAUGCCUUCUUCAAGAUUUGGAAGUGUGAUGGCCUGCUCGGGUUCUAUUCGGGCAUAUUGCCGAAUUUCAUGAAAGCGAUCCCUGCGGUGAGCAUCAGCUACAUCGUGUACGAACAGGUGAGCCGGGGCAUGGGCAUCAGCAGCGGCCUCUGA